GAGAAUCAUCAGCCUGAGGGAAUUCAGCUGGAAGAGUUGCUUAGCAACCAAGAAAGACAGUUAUCACUAGAAAUCAAAGAGGCGGAGCUACCAAGGAGAAGAGGAGGGCUGAACAAAGACUAUUGGCCAGAAAACCCUGACCUGUCAAGAGAAACAAUCCUGGUCAUGCCACUCCUACUACAUAAGAGGAGCCAGGCAUCUCGCAUUUCACAGAUCUGUGGGGACAACUCUCUUUGUAUCUCACCAUCGUGUACCUCAACCCGUUAGCUGCCUCCUUAGUUGUUCAGAUCUUUUGCCAUCAGAGUUCUGUUUCAGAACAGAAUGUUUUGAAGUAUGUCUAUUAGUAACAUCUCUGAUUUCUGUGGGCUAGGACAAAACAGAUUGACACCAGCCUAAAUCCCAGUCACCUAGGGAGAGUAAUUAACUACUGGCCACAUAGCAAUGGAAAUUGUCAUGAAUCAACUUGCCGCCAAAAACUCUCAUUCAUGCAGCAGGUGGUGCUACUUAAAGCACAGCUACAAGCUUUGCAAGUCUAGUCAUUGCAGGCAGCAGGCACAGUGCCAUUCCACACAGACCAGAAAUAUUCAGUAGCAUGCCCAGAAAAGUUUAAUGGGGUACUGACUCAGUUUCAUGCCUUUUGGGCAUAGUAUAACCUAUAUAUGAGUCUAAGAAGUGAAUAUUUUACCUCAGACAGACUUAGUGUUGGAUUUGUCAUCAGUUUAUUAGGAGAUUCUGCUAAAUGGACCACACUGUUGCUAAUGCAGCAGAGCCCCCUGCUGGACAACAUUGCUGAAUUCAGCCUUCAGUUUCAAGCUCUUCAUGCCAAUCCCAAGAACAACUUUGGGCCAGGAUAUACCACAAUCGAGAACUAAGAGAAGGGUGCUGCUAUGCCACGAUAGCUCAGCUGCAUGCAACUUUGGUUUCUUCAAAAUUGUUUGUGAAGAUUUUUGGUAUCCAUGAAUCCAAGAUAAUGUACGAAUCUGAUUGUGAAGGCUUGCGUGUUAUGACGACCCCCAACAAAGGAAACAAAGCCUUGAAGGUGAAGCGGGAGCCAGGGGAGAAUGGGACCAGCUUGACAGAUGAAGAGCUGGUGACCAUGUCUGUACGAGAGUUGAACCAGCAUCUGCGGGGCUUAUCUAAGGAAGAGAUAAUCCAACUCAAGCAACGCCGCCGGACCCUGAAGAACAGAGGCUAUGCUGCCAGCUGCCGGGUCAAGAGGGUAACACAGAAGGAAGAGUUGGAGAAACAGAAGGCAGAACUUCAGCAGGAAGUGGAGAAGCUGGCUUCAGAGAAUGCUAGCAUGAAAAUGGAACUUGAUGCCCUGCGUUCCAAGUACGAGGCACUGCAGAACUUCGCCCGGACCGUUGCCCGGAGCCCUGUCACCCCUGCCCGGGGCCCACUUGCUUCCAGCAUGGGGCCCCUUGUUCCCGGCAAAGUUGCCGCCACCAGCGUUAUCACAAUAGUUAAAUCCAAAACGGACGCCCGGUCUUAGUGAAACGAGCACUGCCUGGGCUUGUCUGUGCAGGGCAGUUAGGCACAAAGCUCAUCCGGAAUCCCCAAAGCACAACCCUCUCCCAGAUGGCCUAGCCCACACAGGCACACGCUGGCCUGCUUGUCACUGCAGUUGCUUUGUUUUUAGCUUGUUCUGGUUGGUGUGACUGAUGGUAACGCAACCUUUCCAUUGUGAACAGAACCGUCCACCUAGUGUGUUCUGAAAACGGAAGCUGAAGGACCUCAGUACUCUUGCCAAAAGAGAUUUUCAGCAGCAUGGAAUCCAUUCUUGGGUAGGAAUAACCCAAAGGGGAGGGAAGAGGUCAUAGAGAGUUGGAAGAUCUACUGUCAGUGAUGACUUCAAUACCGUUCUUCCAGGGUUGAGUCAGCUGUCCAGUCUGCUGCUUGUAAAUUGCUUGGUAUCAGGGGGGUAGUUUGUGUAACCAUUUUUAUAUUACCAUCUAGUUGCACCUUUUAGGUUUGAAGAUGGGAUUCCUUAGGAUUUUUCCUGAAGGAGAGGAAAGUGGGGAAACAGCUAUUUCCUGCAGAGGAAGGAAAGUAGCCAGGAAUGAGCACGGUUGUAUCUACGUACCAGACGAAGUGGGUUACAUUGCAGUGACCACAGGCCGGUUUUGUGCCUAAUGUGUUGCACUGAACAAGACCAAAAUCACUAGUUGUUUUCUGUGUUUGGAGAGUAUCCAGUGUCUCUAGUGUGAUGGUUUACACAACUAGUUUAUGUAGUUUAAAUAGCCCUUUAUUUAAAAGAGAAGCAUUCAUUUAAAGAGUUAUUAAAUGAUCUAAGUUUCAAAUCUACAAUUCGGUGAAGCACUUCUAUUUAACAGUCUCCCUUUAGCCUGAGAAGGUGAGAAUAUAUGAUUGCCAUAUUCUUGGGAGACAGAAAAUGCAAAUUUUAAAAGUUUCUCGUUAAGUCUUUGUGGCUCUGAGGUUGGUUUUUAUAAAGAGUUAUUAGACUUUUAUUUAUAAAUAACAUAGGAAAAAAAAACAAAAAAAGAGGCUAGUCCUGUUUGAUAUCUUUUUGCAAUUGUACCAAAAGUGACUUAUUCUUGAAUUCCCCAUCUGCUUCUUUUGUAUUCCUGUUGUAUUUAGUUGUCUGUGCUCUGAGGUCUUUUGUGGCGCUGUGACGUGAUGGUGCCAGUGGCCACUUUGCUAUGUGGGUGUCCUGUGAGCAUUCGUUCGGCUUUCCCAGGGCUGAGUGCAGGUUUUCUGGGGCAUUUGCCAGUAGACCUUCUAAAGGUUUUGUCUCAUGAGAAAAAUUAUCUGAAUCUGAAGCCUGAAAAGAAUGAGUUCUUUUAAGAGGUUAACUAAACUGCUUAAUGAUAGCUGGCAGACAGUGUUGCAUUAUAUCAUGUCACUUGUAUUACAAUUGCCAAAAAAAAAUUUAUUUAUUUUUUUUUUGGCUGGGACUGGGUGUUCCUAAAGGUUGAAUCCAGAGUUGCAAUGGUAAUGGGUUAGAAGGGAUCACUCCUGUUAAUGUAGGAAUAUGAAACAAUUUACAGCAUAUCAUACAAAGGGUCCACAAAAUAUGUUUUCUAGGGUUGGAUUGUAUGUAGCAUUUGCAAAGAUCCACUAUUGUGGCAGGAUUCUUUUUCUGGUAAUACCACAGAGAUUUUGUUACCUCUUACCUGUUUCCUUCUAUGUUUAGCAUGUUGAACAUUACAUAGGGAUCUAAGCCAGAAACUCAACAAGGUCUAAAGAGUAUGUCAACAUGACCCGGGGAAGUUCAAAUUCAUUGUUUUACCUUCUGGAUACAUAGUUUAUGAGGAAACCUAAUCUAGUUUCUCUGAAAGAGCUACUCAUUACAGACAAAGAAAGUUGCUUUACCUUCUCUGUUGCUUGCCUUGUAAUUGGCUACAGGGAGGGAGUGAUGGGUGUGUUACCAAGAGGAACAUGUGAAUUUGUAUCUAGGUGGGCACUUGACCUUUUGCUCAGAAAAUUGGCCAUCAGAAUGAGCACAAUUAUUGACAGCUGGUAAGCAUUGAGUACUGGCCUAUUCAGAACACUUGAGAUCACCAUAUUUGGCCAUUUUCUAGUUAACAGAUACUAGAAUCUGUUUUAAUGACAUAGCUAGUGAAUUCUGGAAAUUUCCACAGCUGAGACUGGGCUCAAAAACCUCUUGCAGCUUUUCAAAAACUUCCAACUCUUAAGUCUCAGUGGUUAGAAAGAAAAAGUAGCUUUAAUAACUUUUAAAGCAGAGUUAAUAAAUUCAAAUAAGCUCUAAGGCAAGUUCAUAUCCAGAAAGAACUAGUCACAAAAAUCAGCUGAGAAUCCAUUCCUUGAAAAUGAUAUUCCUGAUAUCUAUUAACUGGCAAAGUUUUGCUGCCUAGAGUAUGCUGGAGGGAAAAAAGGCUUUUAAUGAGGACUUGCCUUCAAAAUAUCUUCAUAUCUGCUGGAACUCCCUUUUUUCUCACUGUAAGACCACUAUCCUCUGCAGACUAUUCUCCUGAAAUGGAGGGAAGGGCACUAGUUCCUUACAAUAUCUCAGCUGCCCUUUUGACACAGUAGAUUGGAGGUGUUUUUAAUUGUUUUUUGUGCUAUUCUUGGCAUAUUUAAAUUACAGAUGUGCAAAAUACGACUGAGGGAUACAUAGGCACUAAGAACAGCAAAUGUCAGAGAAAGAGAAAAAUAAGGUGCUUUAAUGUGAACAUGCACUUCCCCUGGCUCCAGAAUCUACCCAAAAAUCACCAUUGCCACAUUAGUUGCUACUUUUUAUUUUAGAUUUAAAAGGAAUGGAUCACAGGUUGCUGCAUACAAUAGCAGUUAUUACUAAGCCUUGCCUUACUAAGGCAUGUAGGUUUCUGAUCUUAAAAACUACCUGUGUUAAAUAAAUUGCUCUGAGCAAUGUUGAUGUUAGUAAAAUCUGAUAAUUCCCCCUGGGGUAUCACUGCUAAUUUGAAAGACUUAGAAACCAAUGCAGAUCUGUGCGGAAUUACUAGAGCCAGAAAUUUCUUACGUUUAAUUGUUCCAUAUCACACUACCUCCUUGCAUCUUUCUUUCCAUCCUUAAGCUGUCGAUAAUUUCUUCCCUUCAUUGCCUUCCAUUUUCUAGUCCUUGCCAAAGAAGUCCAAAUUCUGUGAAAACCAAACAAUUGUAACUGAAAUAAGCAAUAUUUAUGCUUUUAUGUCAAACAUGCAAAUAAAAAUGUAUAAUUGGGAUUUUCUCACCAUCAAAUUUAUAAACAAGAGGUCAGUUCUGGAUUGAACUUUUAGGUCUCCUGGUCAUAGCUUCCUUUGAGAGUUGCAUGAAAUGCAUUUAUGUCACCUGGAUGGAUGGAUGAGGAAACAACUCUUAUAUCUGAGCUUUAAUUCAAGAAUUUGUCCCUCCAUUGUUUGGCAUGCUUCUCUGUGCCAUAUUUGCACGUUGCCCCAAGGAAAGCAAGACAAAGACAUUGGUGAUAGUUCCAUACUGUCAAAAUAGAGUUCUGUGUUGGGCUGCAUUUCUGAAAUAGGAAUUUUUCAGCCAGAUGAAUAGUUUUGGAUCUCUUCAGUUCCAUGUCCGUAUAUCAUCUUAGACAUUUCUUGAUUGGCAAUCCUUAGAAUUGGCUAAAUCUUUUUUUUUUUUUUUUUAUGCUUCUUCUUCCGGGGUUGCUUGUUUUACAAUCAAGAUCCUAGAUGCCGUGAGAAGCCUCUGAUAAAGAAAGCCCGUCCUCUGGGAUUUUAUAAGAGUGGCUAGGUUGGUUUUUGUAGCAAAAUUAAUAGUGUCCUGGCACUUUAAAAACUAUUACAUCAUCUUUUGUGGAUUAGAAUUUACUUCCAUCAGAUCCAUGCGAUGAUAUCAAAUUGGCUCUGAUAUAUGUGUAUAAAUACAACUAUCCAGACACAUUUUAGAUAUAAAAAAGUACAGACUAAUAAUUUUAUUAAAUCUUAUACACACACAUACAUUAAUACUAUAGUUUCCAUUUUCUGCAAAGUUGGUAACAAACAUUACAAGGUAUCGAUAUUAUCUGCAUUAGUCUGUGGUCACUAAAAAUGUUAAAAUAUAUUUGAAGUGCAAUCUAUAUUUCUUGCAAUUAGAUUUUGACUAUUCUUCCUACAGUAACAGUUUUCUCCAUAAACACCCUGUAUGCAGUAUUAAUUGGCCAAUUUGGGGUAAUACUUCAUCUACUGAAGUUGACUUGUCCACAUAAAUCUAUGCCAUAAUAUAUUUGCUUGUCUUUAAGGUGCCACAAGACUCAGUCUCUUCCUCUAAAGAUGCGCCUUUUGCCCUUUUCCAGGCUAGAUAAGUGAGAUGGUAUCUUCAUCUGAGUGGGUUGCAAGACAUUCUUAUAAGCAAAUGGAUAUUUAUUGAGCAAGUCUGGCUCCAGAAUUCAGUGGUAAAUCUUCCAGCCGGAGGUGGGGGAGAAGACAAGGGAACCCUCCAUACCUCCCAGCUUCCUUUACUCUCAGUCUGUCUCCUAGUGUUCAUGGGUUUUGUUUUUGUCUGUCCUAGAUUCCCCUCUCAAGCCCUUGCCCCUCAAUUUGUUUUCUGGUAUAUAGCAUCCAGAGUGUGAUGGUUCUUGUUUUAUAGGUGACUGUUUGGUUUUCCUGCUGUGAAGGGUGUUUUUGUUUUGUUUUGUUGUUUUGUUUUGAAUGGGGCAUUUUGCUUGAUGCAACAGGUUAGGGAGCGUUGCUUUCUACCUGGAUGCAGAAAAGCUCCGUGAAGUAGCAUUCUGCCCUCAUGUGGCUGGCUUUGGGUGGGUGGGAAAGGUAGGGUUGUUUUAUGUCGUGGUGAAUUAUGUAAAAGUGAUAUUUUGGAUAAUGAAACAACUUUUUCUUUCCAGAAAAACGCAAGAAAAACCUGCAGGCUAAGAACUGAGGAAUGUGAUGGUUAGCAAUGGGUAGAGGCUACUCAGAUGUUAGGUCCUUGAGGAACAUGUUCCUGGGUGAAACAGAUGCAGGAGCAGGAGGGAAUGUACUACUGUGCAUAGAAGACAUUAAACAUUUGUUGUUCCUUGUGUCCUUGAUCAAGUUUUUGCAUCUGCUGUACACUGGCACAUCCCAGUGAAGUAGGAUAGCAUUUCACUAUAAUCUAGCAGUAAGCAGAGCUGGCAUAUCUAUAUAUUACUUUCACUUGGACUAGUAGUGUGUUCCAGUGGUACCCCUUGUCUUCUGUGCCAGUGAAGAUAGAAGCACUUUCUGACAACUUGCCUUUCACCUCUUUCUGAUAUCUCAAACUGUAUUUUGUUAGUAAAAUAAUUAAUUAACGUGCAGGAAUCUUCCUUUCUGGUUUAAUAGCACUGCUGCCGUUUCCUGUAAUAUAACAGUGAAUAGCUGUGACUGCUCAUACAGAGGAUUGCUCCUCCCUAUGCAGAAAGGAUCACGUGGUGGUCUAGCUGUGAGCUUCAGGCAAGUAGUUCUUCCAAGUACUGAGGACUUAUUCCCCUUCCAGAUGUGAUAUACAGUAUAUGUGAGCUCUAGCUGCUUGCAGCUGACACUUGCCUGAAUGAGAGGCACUGCACAGUUGAGUGAGUAGUCUCCUGAUUCCCAGUAAAGAUACGUCACUAUUUGGCUAUGCAAAGGUGUUUGGGAUUCCCGUACAGUUUCAAGUGCUACUUGUCCUUGUCCUCACCUGCGGUUUGCUCUGAAUUUAUUACAUCCUUUGUCAAACUGGAAUAUUAUGGAGAAACUAAAUUAUAUUUGGUGUACUUAAUAAACUGAACUGAUGGACUGCUCCUCCCUACUCUCCAAAUGUUGAAGAUAGUCCUUAAAAAUAUUAAUUGAAAUGACUUCACUACUGCUUUAAAAUAUUUGUUUAAAAGGUCAGGAAGGAACAUUUUGAUAAUAAGAAAUUCAGUCUCCAAAGCUGAUACAACUGGAGAUGAAUUCUAUAUGUUAGGGGUGUAAAAGCAUACUGUCAUGUCCUGGGUCUCUCCUGUACAACAGUCGAGCCCAAGUAAUUAAUCAGUAUUUAUUGCUAAAUUAUUGUCCUUUUUCAAUCUGUAGAUAACUGUUGGGGAUUUGUUGCCACAGCCCCAGUGGAGGUGUUGUUAAUUUAUUUAUGUAUAUAGUGUAUGUUGAUAUGAAGCAUUCUUUAUUUUGUAUAUGACCAAUAAACAUCUUUAAAGAG